AUGAGCAAGCGGCAAGAACUUCAUUAUCCUCGGGAAGUACGUAAUUUGGCGGAAACAGUAAAAGCUGGGGGAAUUAUGGAUGAGAGUUUGGUGGGAGAAAUAGGAGGAGAGUGUUGGAAAUUGUAUAUGGACAUUACGGAGAGUUGCUUGAGUGAAGAUCCCAAUGAGAGGCCAGACAUGGGAGAAGUUGAAGUUCAACUUGAACGUGUUUAUAAUGACUGGCUUCCCAGCAUAAGGAUUGAUGCCUACUGGGAAUGGGAAUCCUUCACAAGUGCUUUGGAGGCCCUGCUUCCACUUCUCGGAAAACAUCCUCCCACAACAAUAGAAUAUCUGUGCCAUCGCUUUUCUCUUUCCCAACUUCGAAAAUCCACCGACAACUUUGACGACAGCCGGAUUAUAGGUGAAGGGCCCUUUGGUGUGGGGUAUAGGGCUCGCAUCUCCGUCAAUGGCCAAAUGAAAGAUCUUGUAGUGAAAAGGCUUCGGCGAGAAGCGGCGAAUUCCUCAUACGGGCUCUUACUGUAUAAGAACGAUAUCAUAUUUAGAUGUCAGCUUCACCAUCCGAAUCUCGUGUCUCUGGUUGGAUUUUGCGAUGAUCAAAAUGAAAUGAUCGUGGUCUAUGACUACGCCCCAAACGGAUCACUCUAUCAGCAACUUUACGAAACAGAGGCUAAGCCAGCAAUACGACCAUGGAAGAAAAGGCUAGAAAUCAGUAUAGGAGUGGCGCGUGGAUUACACUACCUUCAUUCAGGAACCAAACGCACCAUCAUUCACCGCGAUAUUACACCGUUUGCCAUUCUUCUGGGCGAGCAUUGGAUUCCCAAACUCAAUUUUUUCGGGUUCUCUAUAAAAGGACCAAAGUUUUCAGAAAAGGAUGUGAAACCCAUACAGUUGGAAUCCAUUGAAGGCCCUGUGGGAUACAUAGCUCCUGAGUGCAUUAGUGGCACUAAUGUCACGUAUAAAAGUGACGUCUAUUCUUUUGGAGUAGUUUUGUUAGAACUCAUUUGCGGAAAGACUUUAUUCCAGAUUGUUCAGCAUAAGGGGCGUCAUGUUGACAAGACUGCAAGUGUCAUUCCAUUUACAACGAGUGUGGUUAAGGAAGUCCGUAAUUGGGAAGAAAGAGGAAAUGCUGGAGGAAUUAUUGAUCAGAGUUUGAUGGGAGAAAUAGCAGCAGAGUGUUGGAAAUUGUAUAUGGACAUUACAGAGAGUUGCUUGAGUGAAGAUCCCGAUGAGAGGCCUGAUAUGGGAGACGUUGAAGUCCAACUUGAACGUCUGUUGCAACUACAAGAGGAAGCAGAGACAGCGCUUUAGCAUCAGGCAUCAGACCUCACUCUACUUACCAAGAAGGCAAGAACCAGGCUUAACCGUCACCAUUAUCCAUUGCAAAUUGCUGGUAUAUAGUAUGUGCCAGAACCACAUGUUCUGGAAAGUCACAUAUGCAAUAGUCAAUAACAGCAUAUCUAGAUGAUAUUUUAACAAGCCACAAUUGUGCUUGCAGAUGCCUUUCUUGUUAAUUUAGUCCUAUGGCUGCAGUAGGGAAUGAUAUUUUAACUUGGAAUGCAACAAUUGAUGGCAGUUUUACUGUGAAGAGUGCAUAUUACUCACUAGAAAUGAUGAUGAAAUACCGAUGGUCUUGACACAUGGUUUUCAAGGUCUUUGCAUUCAGCAGAAUUAUUCAUGAUGUUUGAAUUCCAUUUUAGAUGCAACUAUUAGGCACAAGCAAGUUAAAUAUAUAGGUUAUGUUCGGUUGGUGACUGGCAAUCAAACUACACAUUGUCUAACAUUUCAAAUUACUCGUGGUUACUCAAACUUGGUCAUGUCUGGUGUAAGUACCAGUUUCCAUGAUUCUUGAAGAUCCAUCAGCCAAAAGUAUCUGAUGAAUAGGUACAUACGUGUCCUCUUAACUGUUAAAUCAGUAGUCUUUCUGCAACACAUGCUGAUGAACUUUUCAUUUAACUAUACGUACUGACCAUAUUGUUAUGUGUUC